AAUUAUAGUAAAGGUAGUGUUACUAAUUUCUUAUACUAAAAUACAGUAAAAAAUCCAUUAUGAUAUAUUUAAUGAUGAUUUUUAAAUUACAGAUUUUAUGUGGGCUGUGGGCUUAAAUCGAUUUGGUCUUAAGGUAAUGGGAGUCUGGCCUAUCAAUGAAGAUAAUGAGUCAAAAUCAUUUUUUACAGAACUACGAGUACCCUGUAUGAUUUUAAUCAUGUUUAUUUUUAUUAUUUUGCCACAAAUGUUUGGUCUUGUAAUGAUUAUUAAUGAUAUAGAGCUUGUAAUCAACAAUUUGAUGACAAAUUUUACUGCUUGUUUGUGUUGCGUGAAGUUAUUCUUUAUUUGGUAUAAUAAAAUAGAAUUACAACCAGUAGUUCAGUCGAUGAUCAUAGAUUGGGAACGACCCAAAAAGAAGUGGGAGGUUGAAAUCAUGAAGCAAAAAGCUUUUUGGAUGAGAAAUUUCAUUAUUUUCGAUUAUAUUUCGUUAGCGAUAUGCUAUCUGGGUUUUGCUACGGGACCUUUAAUUGGUUUUGAUAUGCGUUUAAUAUCUAAUAUUACGGACUACGAGAGUCAUCAUUUAGCUAUACAAUCUUAUUAUCCUUAUGAUUAUAACAGAAGUCCUCAUUUUGAAUUAACACAUAUAACCCAAAUAAUUGGUGGUUUCUUUAUGAGUAUGUCAAUGAACAUUCCUGAUCAUUACUUUGGAACCUUAGUAUUUCAUACAAGUGCGCAGUUUUUGAUUCUCAAUUCAAAUAUCACAGAUUUUAUUCAACAAAAUGACGGUAUUUUAGGAAAUACAAAUGAUAUCGAUAAGAAAUUGCGAAUCUUCAUCGAAAGGCAUGCAUAUCUGAUGAGAACGAUCGCAGUUCUGGAAAAAUCAUUUACUUUUAUAAUUGCAUCACAAAUAUUUCUCAUGACUGUUUUAGUGUGUUGUACAGGAAUUAUAAUUUUAAACCUAUUGGAGUAUAAAUGCAUAACAGUACAGAUAAUUGUACUCGGUGGAACUUUAAUUAAUCAAAUGCUGCAUACAUUUUUUGAUUUUUUUGCCAGUGAGAGUCUUGCAACAAGUAGUUCAGACAUAUUUUUUAAUAUUUAUAAUAGCUGCUGGUACAUAUUACCGAAAAGAAUUAUACGCUCUUUUAUAUUAAUAAUGAUAAUAUCACAAUCGCCUAAACAAAUCAAAAUUGGAAGAAUUUUCACUGCAUCUUUUAAAAUAUAUUGCAAUAUAAUUAAUUUGAUACUAAGAUAUAUUUCGAUGCUCUUUGCUUUCACUAGAAAACGUGAUUCAUAA